AUUCCGAUAUAAAUCUGACGAGAGUAAUCACUUCCGUGUUGUUGACAGUGCGUCAUAUGUUUUGUGCAACAGUUUUGUGAUAGUUAGUCAGAACUUACAUCGGAUGAUAUAGAACAUCUGAGGAUUCAGUCCAAAGGUAACACGGGUAGAUUUGAAGAUUCAACAUGGCAUGUGCCCCAGUCCCAAGAGAACAAGGAGCAAGGCCACGCCCCCCUCGGCCACCUCCACCCAAUUUAACUUCAGCCGAGAGAAGUACAUUUUCUCAUUUCAAGAAGCUUUUUAGUAAAGCUCACCAGCAUGUGGAUGAAGCCCUGUCCCUGGAUGAGGGAGGGAGAGACUUGGAUGCCAAGGAGGAGUAUCUACAGGCGCUGCACCUCAUUGACCAAGCAAUGGCUAUGGAUUGUGAAAACCUUAAUUUUACAGCUGAUGAUACAAAUGCAGCCAAACUAAUGCAGCAAAAAAUGACAAAAACCAAACUUCAAAUUGAGUACAGAAUACAGUCCAUAGAGAGUGAAGAAGCUGCUGCUCGGGCCUAUCCGGAUGUGGAGGAACGAACCAGGCAGGACUCUCCCCCUUCAUACAACGAGGCCAUGUCCGCCGGUGUGUCCAGUCCCGUCAUGGCCCCUGGGGACGCCAUGAUGAUGAGUUUGGGGGACAGUAUCAUGAAUGAUGAGAGACAGAAUGGGGAUCUCACACAACAUGCAGAUGCAGUCAGAACAUUUGAGAUCGCAGAUGGCGUGCAGAUAUUUUUCAUAACACCUCAAGGUUACGUGAGCGCUCCAUCGUAUCCCAGUUCCUUGUCGGUGUUUAAGUUCAGGGAUGAGCAGAGCGGAAGUACCCAGAGGCCACCGACGUUUAUGCAGGUGAAUGACUGGGUGUAUCCACUGAUUCCGGGGACGUCGCCGUCACUGAGGACCACGUACGGGGCCUACAUGUUCCCCGACACAUCGUCUGAUGUCCCAGGAGCUGCAGUGGGGUUGAUGUUGCCAGACACAAUGGAUGCUGAGGAGAGACAGAAGUUUGAACACCUUCUCCGAUCAUUGACAGUGAUGGAGGACCAAGUUGUCAUUUCCCCAGAGGGAAUUCCUUCAGAGCCAGCACCAGCCUACCCUCAAGUACCUCACGCUGAGCCAGCACCUGCCUACCCUCACAUGUCCCGUGUGGAACCAGCGCCUGUCACCUACCCACAGCUCCCAAGCGCACCAAUGGAGCAGGUUCCAAGUGCACCAGUUGAGCAGAGGGAGGGAGCUCCUCAGUCUGGCGAAGGUGAAGGUCACAGGGAGGGUGUGCAGUCAGACACAACCUCCGGGAAAAUCUCAAAGGGAAUUCUUGUAGCGGCUGACUGGAUCACGUGGGGCGUCGGCAAGGGGGCACAGAAGGCGGGGCAGCUGAUCAGGUACGGGUCCGGCAAACUACAGCAGCAACUACGGCCAGAAGACAAACCACGCCCCAUCGACCCUAAAGUACAGAAGGGAGCCAAAUAUGCAAGACAGGCCACAGAUGUGGCAGUCAAAGUCAGCUCCUUUGUAGUGGGCAAGUUAGCUGAUGCUACUGCAGCACUGGGGAGACAGGUGGCGCCCCACAUCCGUAAACAAGGGGAGAAGAUACUGCCGCAGGUGUUUAAACCUUCAAAAGAUGGACACUCCAAAUUUGAUGGAGUGCUGGAGGUGGCAGCUAGUGGACUUAAAGGGUUUGGGACCGUCUACAUGGGGCUGGAGACUUCAGCGAAGGCCCUGGCGAAGAGUCUGGCAAAUGAAACAGUUGGCAUCGUCAACCACAAGUAUGGCGAUGAAGCGGGGAAAUUCACUGAAAACACUCUCUAUUCUGUGGGAAACGUUGCCAUGACAGCCUACAACGCAGACAACCUCGGCAUCAAGGCUAUCACGAAGCGUGCAGCAAAGGAUGCUGGGAAGGCCGUGUUACACGACAUGCAGGAUGAGCGGGCAAAGAAGCAACAGACUGACAGAUGUGAUCUGAACGGGGAGAAACAUCCCUGUCCCUCACACGAAAAACCCCCACAGUGAAACAUGGUGUAUGACAGGUUCACUGAAACUGUAAUUUAUGUUUGAAAGGGUUCCAACAAUACAGAGAACUCUGGCUAAACCGGCAUCACAAGGAAAUAACGGUUUCGACAGAGUGACAUUUUUUGCAGAGAAUGCUGAUAAGAGACAAGACAACAUUUUUUCAUGUCGUCAUAUGUACAUGUACUUUAUUCACAGAUCAUGUAACAAUAAAUCUCAUUGUAAAGCGGGCACUCAGUUUGAAAUUGGUUAACUCAGUUGCUGUUGAUCGCCUACUCUUAGUUGAUUAAGCUUUUGUUUAUGGCUUACAGUUUAGUGAUUGUUCAUUGCAAAUUACGGAGGGGCGUUUUCAAUGGUAUUGGCUAUUGGGACUGUGUCACAACCCAUUAUAGACAAAGACCGGACUUUAUUGAUAUUAUUAAAUAGAGAAUCUCACCCGAGUGUCUUUUGAUAUCAAAUAUAUCAACACGAGUUGAUGAAAGUGGAAAAAUUCUGAGGCUUGCCGAGGAUUUUUGCCACUUUUAUCAACGAGUGUUGAUAUAUUUGAUAUCUAAAGACACUCGGGUGAGAUUUUAUUUAUCAUCCAACAUCAUUCUUCCAACUUUUACAAUUUGUAGACAGUAAUUAGCAGUGACUUCAGUGUAAAAAGUACUGCUAACAGUUUCGGUAGCAGAGCCAUUAGUGAUGUCAUUUGAUUGUGACGUCAUGGUAACCAGUGACGUAACAAUGGUCUGCAAAGCAUUGUGAUGUAAUUUCAUUGCAGCGAUAUCUACAGUGUAGAUAUCGCUUAAUCUCAUCCUAGCGAUAUCUCCUGUGGGAGCCAGUUUUGGAUGAUAAAUGACAUUAUCAAUACACUCUGCCAAGACUAAAAUAUAAUGCCAGUUCGUACAGUGCCAGAUUAGACAAAAGCCGGUUUUGACAGAGUCCACUGUACUGUAUUUGUAUUUGAAAGGGUUUCAACAAUACUCUCUGUUGAGGUGAGUAUUACAGCUGGGUAUUUAUGUACUAGUCAUUUGGGCUACUGACUACUUUGACACUGCAAGAUAUUAGGAUAUUUAAAAGCCUUUCUAAUACCAUAAGUAUAUAGACAUUUUACUGUGAAAUGCUUGACUAUCAUCUUGAAAUGUAUUUUAAAAUGUUGAAAUACAAUGUUCACUGGUAAGGCAUACUAGACUUGCAUGACUUGUUACUUCAGGUACUACAUGUAGUCUUCUAUUAUAGGGGGCGCUGCCGCAAGUGGCAAUCAUCUUUUUGUGUUAUGUGUUGAUUCUUCUUCAAUCUCAUUAAAAUCAGAUCUAAGUUCUCGCUGCUGCUAAACAAAGAUCUGAGGACAUUCCAUUACAGUACAUGUCAAAACGACCUUUCGAGAACUUUGACCGACCACUGAAAUGACUAAGAAGAGGUCGACAUCAGCCAAUUAGAAAGCAGCUUUCUCAAGCUUGACGGUACUCAUUUCAAGCUGGCGACUUCCAUUUCAGACUACCCUUGAAAAAAUAUGUUGACACAGUUCUCGAUUAAAAUUUUGAAAACUGAACAAACGAACAAUCUGGAAUGCCUAAUAUAUUGUUGAGAUUGUAUGACAGUGCUUCCCACAUACUUUGCAACGCUUCCUCUGUCAAAUGUUUAUCCCAUGGAAGCGAAAGAUAGUCUAUAAUUUUGACAGAAUCGGUCGUAGGGUCUGUAACUGUUGUUCGGAAUACACUGUGUUAACGUUUUCAAGAUUGCAUGAUUAGAAAACACAUUCUGACUGUCGUUUUCAUGAUCUGGUAAGCGACGCUUUGAUUGGUCGGAUGAAAGGUCGUUCUGACGUGACCCGUAAUGGGAUGUCCUCAGAUCUUUGUUUAGCGAUAGCAAGAACUGAGAUCUGAUUUUAAUGAGAUGGGCCUUGAGUCAAAGGUGAAAUGUUUCAUUCGCAAGAACUGAUCACUUUAUACAUGGAUAUGCUGCUAGUCACGGGAUAUGUAAUUUUCUGUGAUCAAAGACUCAUGAAUGUUCUUUAUCAUGAUGAAAAGAAACAACUGCAAGUACAAAGGGGAAGGUGAAGCCACGCCCUUUGUACUUGCAGCUAUACUUUUAAAUCCAAUAUUGUUCUGUCCCUUCUUUGUACCUCAUAGUAUAGCAACCAAUGGACAAAUUGACUUUGAGUUCAUAUACUAUUUAUAAAAGUUGUUGAUUUUAAGAUAUAUGUCUUUGUUAGGAAUUUGUACAAGGUGUAGAACAAAUGUGAGUGAGUGACUAUUGUUGAACUUCAGUCAGAAAUAUUUAAUCUGCAUGAUGGCAGCCGUGACCAGGUAAAUCAGUGGGUAAGAGCAUGAGCACCCAACCUGAAGUCACCGAACCUGGCAUGGCAUACUUUUGAUAGUUCUUCUCCGGGAUCCAACCGGGAUCAGUAAAUGCAAGAUUGAAUUGGAGAGCAAUUGGAGUUAAAAUGAAUAAGAUCAAAGAUUGUACAUUUUGAGUUACAUCAAAAUGUGACAAUUAUCUACAAAUAAAAUAAUUAUGUAAUCAAUCAAAACCUGUGUAUGUUGUCCUAAUGGACGCACUUGUUUUUUUCUUUCUGUGGGUCACAUCACCUAGAUCAAAGUUUGUCUGUAGGAAGUGGAGUAUUUCAAUUACAUCAAGACAUGUAAUAAUCAACUAUUUUGGAGAAUAACUGUUUUAUCUCCUCACAAGUUGUAUUCAUCUCCUGAGGUAAUGGAAAGAAACUUCCUCCUGAAAUGGCAUGUGACAUAUGUGUUAAAUUGAUUUGUUUAUUUCAUGCUUAUUACAUGUUACCUCAUUUUGUUAUGUUGAAAUGAAAAUAAAACUCCUAACAGC